UCAUCAAGGUAGUCGUGGCACAAACCAUGAGGCACCGUCAAGCUCUCUCGUGUCUCACCCUCCUCCUCUUCAUCCUCGUCUCAUCCAGCGCUUCCACUCUAGAUGACACAUGCAAGUCCGUCGCCGCAAGAAACAAGGACAUCUCCUGCAACUACUGCAUAUUGUUCUUCCAGGCCAACAACACCAGCACCACCGCGGACAAGCGCGGCCUCGUCGUCAUCGCCACAAAGAUCACCCAAGCAGAGGCCGCAAACACCCGUGAGCGCAUCGAUGCCCUAAUGGCCUCAGGGACGGACAAGAAGGUCAAGGGGUGCCUCUCCGAGUGUCGCGUGCACUACACGAUCGCGCUGAACUGGCUCGAAGCCGCGGCGAAGGGCAUUGAGUCAGGUAAUUUGCAGGACGCAGAGGUGACCCUCAGAGGAGUGAUAUUGGGCAUCGACACCUGCGAGGAAGGGUUCCGCAAGCUAGGCAUCAAGUCGCUUCUGGCCGCCGAGGAUGCCACGUUCACUGCAGGCUGCUCCAUCGCUCUCACUAUAACGAGCAUGUUGUAACUCGCUAGCCGUCGAGGAUGCGUGAAUCUGGCUAACAGUUCUAGCUAUACACUAGUCCAGGAUCAUCUGGAUCGAUCAAUAAACUCUUCGAACCUGCAA